UGUCCACAUACUAAUAAUAAUAUUUGGUUUUGUUUUAUCAAUGGCCACUCUUCCUUACUACACUCUUCAUCCUCUAUCUUCUUCUCUCACUCCUUCUUCUUCUUCUUCAGGUUUUGUUCAUCUUUGUCCAUGUUCUCGUUCUCUUCCUCAAUUCCCCUCCAAACUAAGACGCAAACCCACGAAGCCCAGGCUGUUGGCGAUCAUCGACCCCAUUUUGCUCUUCAACGGCGUCGCCACCACUUUCUAUUUCGACACGCAAACACUUAUCGUCACUGUUAGUGUUUUGGCCGCCAUUGCUCUCUCUCUCUUCCUUGGCCUCAAGGGUGAUCCGGUGCCUUGUGAGCGUUGUGCUGGCAACGGUGGAACAAAAUGUGUGUUUUGCGACAAUGGCAAGAUGAAGCAAGAUAUGGGGUUAAUUAACUGUAAAGUAUGCAAGGGUUCAGGAUUGAUAUUCUGCAAGAAAUGUGGAGGUUCUGGCUAUUCCCGUCGGCUAUGAGCUGUUAAAUUCCUGUUAUAUCUAAAAAUCAUUUGUUCUGAAAUAUGUAAGAUCUUGUAACAAUUUUAUUGUUCAUAAUAGUGUCUUUGUGAAUCAUUUUAAUCACAUUAUAUAUUCUGCGGCCCUUUGAGGUCUUGGCUAAUUGCAUUCACAUAAAGCCCGUCAAA